AUGUCUGAUGUCUACUCCGAGCAAAAUUUCGACGCCAUCUUCGCCAUGUCCGACGAUGCCCCGGCGUCUGACGUCGCGGCUUUUGAGGAGUUCAUCAACGACAUGUGGGGCCCAGAUGAGGUACAGCAGGUACUCAGUCCUGCUAGCAUCACCACCUCCACCACAACACCCUCAUCGGCCACCCAUGGCCAGCAUGAUCUGGUCAUAGAUCAUGCUGAGCCUCCCCUGGAUUGCCCCACAAUUGGGGAUCUCCAGGAGGAAAUCGCCGACAUGCGGCGUCAGAACGAGCAAGAAAUGGCCAAGCUGAGGGCCGAGCACGCAGCAGAAAUGGAAGCCAUGAGGCGCAAGAACAAGAUCUUGACGACUCGUCUGGAGCAGUUCAGCAAGGGGCUGACUCACAAGAUCACGCAGCCGAUGGGCCCACACGGCGGUCCCGACCUCAUCCAGCGGAUGUGGAGUUCAGAGACGUCGGAAGAGCAACGUAGGGCAAUGGUCCAGGGCCUGCCCGAGCCUCCUCUCUACCGCGCCCCAGCCUCCAAGAAGAGGUUGUCGGUCUCACCCCCCUACGGGACUUCAAGAGCGGCUGCAAUGGUUGCCUACGGGCAGCCCACCUACCCACCCGGUGUCGUCUUCAAUGGCACAUCAGCCUACGCACCCGCCAUGGGCUCCUCUCCCCUCCCACUCUCCACCACCCCCAUCUCCUCUUCUCCCCCUGGCCCCAAAGCCAAAGUCAAGACCCGUGCCCCCGCCCCCGCCAAGCGCACUCCCGUGUCCACCAAGGUCACCAAGCCCACCGCCGCGAAGCGUAAGUCUCCCACCUCCUCACCCACCUCCUUCUCUCCCGCCGCCGUCCGCUCCCUCGAGGAGCUCUACGCCGUCCACUUCGACACCCUCAGUCAUGAGGAGAAAUGCCGCCUGGUCAUCCCCCUCCUCCAUGGGGUCGACUCGGUCAUGCUGGGCAACGUCACGACCUCGUCGUCCCCAUAUGGGUCGUCUCUAUCGGGCGAGAAGACCUCCUUCCCUCCUCUUCCCAGAGCGAGAUCUCCCAGAGAUCUCGCAAUGGUGCAGCAGGCAGUGGAGGAGUUGGGCCCUGGUGCGGUGGGUGGCGCCACGCGCCAGCACGAGGCACUGCAGCGUACUGAUGUGCGACGCCGCUAA